CCGUGGAUCCUCCUGCCGAGAACCAAGACUGCACCGUUGAAAGCCAAAGAUCCGAUUUGAUACCGCGGAUGCUGUAAGUGUAAGCUUGCAAACAAGGUUACUCGCUAGCAGAGAUUUUCCCAUUUACCCAAAAGACCGCGGUGCUCAAUUCCCCACGGCCAACUUGCAGUGAUGUUCGGCGGCGGUGGUGGUGGGUUGAGAACCUUGAUGGGCGUGGAGCCAAUGGAAGCCCCCGGUGAACUUGUGUUUUUUUGCUGGAGCUGAGAGAUUUAUCGGUUUCUCGGGGGAAUUUUGGAGAUGCAGGACAGGGGUAGGGGAGGGAAGGGAAAAAACAAGGUUAUGUUUAUGGGUAAUUUUGGGUGCGACGCUAUUGAGGAGGUUGUUUUGACGUGUGACGUGAGGGUGAAUGUGGAGGUUAGGUUUGAGUGAGGCUCAGCUGUCAAUUACGCCAACGUCACUAGAUGGUUUGUGGAAUGUACAGUGAAUCAACUUUUGGAAGCAUUUAUAGAGGACAUGUGUAGGAUCGGACUGGCUCUUCUUCAUCUAAAGGGACCAGUCACGCAAGACAGCCAACACUCAUUCAUAACACACAGCUUCAUAGCAAUGUCAACUAAAAGUCGUGAUUAAUGAACAUAUCUACGUUCCAUCUCUAGACCAGUAGUCAAAACGCUCCCAGUCCAUCAAGAAACAAAGUUUACAUGAAGUGUGUGUCUUUCUAUCCUCCACUGCGUCAAUCCAGGGCUCGACACCAAUAUCCCCAGACCUCCCAUUCUCAACCUCACGAUUUAAAGAGCGAAAACAGCAGCGGCAACCAUACCAGCCAGAGGGAUCAUCUGGCCGAUGGCAGCGUUGUCAGUGACAGCAGCUGAGUUGCUGGAAGUAGGAGUGCUGUCUGCAGCAGCGGUAGCGGGACCCUCGCAGUGCCCUGGGAUAGUUAGUAACUGAUUGCAAGACCGUGGUGAGGUGAAACGUACAGUGGUCACCGUGGGGCUCGCAGCCGAUGGACUCGGUGGGAGAGGGGGCGAGGGAGCCAGAGCCCGUGGCGUCAGUGUGGUCGUGAUCAUGCUCGGACUCAGUUGCCUUGGCCUCGAUGCCAGUGCGGGCAGCCUCGCAGUGCCAGUGGUCACCAUGGGGCUCACAGCCGGUAGAUUCAGUAGGAGAGGGAGCAAGAGAGCCAGUGCCAGUAGCAUCAGUGUGAUCAUGAUCAUGCUCAGACUCGGUGGCCUUGGCCUCAGUCGCAAGGGUAGAUCGAGCGCCCUCGCAGUGCCCUAUACAUGUCAAUAAACGGUUACAAAUGAGAAAGUGAGGAACAUACAGUGGUCGCCGUGAGGCUCGCAGCCGACAGACUCGGUAGGAGAAGCAGCAAGAGAACCGGUGCCAGUAGCAUCAGUGUGCUCGUGAUCAUGCUCAGCCUCAGAGGUAGCAGCAACAGCAUCGGUACGAGCAGCCUCGCAGUGCCAGUGAUCACCAUGAGGCUCACAACCAACAGACUCAGUAGGCGAAGGAGCCUGAGCCAUGAUGGCGGGGAAGUAGCCGAGAAGGGCGACGGCGAAAGUAGUGGUCUUCAUCUUGAUGUGUGUGAGAGAUGGUGUGAGCGAGAGAUGUGAGCGAGAGGAUGUUGAGGUGAGAUCCAGGCGGGAGUGGAAAUUUUUAUAUCCAUUGUAACGAGAGUGAGAGUGAUUCACAGGCUCUGCCAAGAGAAUUGCCUUGCCACUUGCGAGGUUCGUAGAAUGCAAGUGUUGGACUAGCAAGGAACGGGCUGUCGGAGAGGGAAUAAUGGACGCAUUGGGAGAUCCAUCGUCGGCGCGUGGGGGUAUUACGAGCUCUAUAGAGACUGCUGGGGCGUAUUGUCCUCGAAUGGACUGUUGAGCUGGGCUUUGAAAUGACGGUUGAACCGUUGGUCACCGUGUGUCAAGAUGCAUCCGACAUCCUCGACAUCCUCGUGUAAGUGCAGGUCAGCGGAGGGAUGCCAUUCAGGUACUCAUCGCACUCCAAUGUCGAUCACAGCCAGUCAAGUCACAUUGCUCACAUCUCACCAGUAAAUAAAACGUCUCUACUCCGUAUAAGGUAGCCUAAAGGAUGACGAUCAAAAAGACCCUCGAGUCCCUGUCGUUCAUCGCGAGGCUUCUCUUGGCAAUGCCCAUCAAGGUCCUCACCUUAAAAACUGGAUCCCCUGGCCGACCCCACCAACGACCACUAAUUAUCGUAUCCACUCCGACCGAGUCUGCAGUGCUCAUCGGCCAAGAAAACGAACCAGGCAACUCUUAUUUUUUAAUUCUCGACAACGGGAAUAAAAAGUCUGUAAAACGGGCUGGUAGGUACCUUAAUUGUGACGAGUAUGCGCUGUCUGUGAUCAACCAUAACCUUGAUAACCUCUUCAUCCAACGUGAAUGCACAUCAUUUCCUUCAAGCCCCUCCCUCUUCUACUGCACCGCACUUCACCAUGAAGCCACAUUUGGUAGCCCUCACCCUCCUGUUCGGACCGUUAUGCACAGCUGCAGACGAGAACAUCAAGGUAGACGCCUUGAAACAAAACAACCCCGAUCUCGCCUCCAUCCCCAACCUGGUCUGUCUCCUGCUAUUCCUCCUCGUCGCUGCAUACAAACUACGCAAGAGAAUGCUCACCGCGACAACAACCACUUUCCCCCAGCUAACCCGUGAAUCACAGUCCGGGUCUGUUGUCGCUUCACUCGAGCAGUUCUCAUGUAACCCUGAUACCCCUCGUCAUGUCGAAGCCAAGAAGAAGCUGGACAAGAGCAUGGCGAUAGGAUGGGGGGUUUGGAACGCUCAGCAUCCAAGACAUCGAUUACUUGAUGCAUUGUAUGGGUACAGGAGGUACCAUGAGCGUCAGAAAGCUGAAGUUGAUCGCUUUGAGGGUCUCUAUAAGCAUGUUUCUCGAGCUCAAAGAUCCUUACUAGAGCAUCAAGUCAACUACUCCAAAAAGUUCACUCGCAUAGACGCUCUUUUGAAGAAGAACCAAGAGCUCUGUGACGCUAUAGUUCAAAAUGCCAUGGAAUUCUAUGGCAUUAAUGAAGAAGAGCUUCAAAGGCAUAUCAGUGCUGCUCAGUCUUCAGGGAGGCUUGCGGAUAAGAUUUCCGUAUCUCAAGCUUUGAAGCAUUAUGUGCGAGACUGGACAGAAGAGGGAGAGUCUGAAAGGAAGGAAACUUUCGCUUGCCUCGUGAAAACGCUUCAAGGGUUGUUUCCUGUGAGGGACGAUGAGAGUCCGGUAAAGGUUCUUGUUCCCGGAUCCGGGCUGGGACGACUUGGACAUGAUAUCGCGAGGCUUGGAGGAUUCGAGGUGACUGUGAAUGAAUGGUCCAUGUAUAUGAACAUCGCCUACCGUUUUAUCGAAGCCAACCGCGCUCAAAACACCCACUCAUUUCACCCCUUCAUCGACGGCUGGUCCCACCACGCCACAGAAUCCGACAUGAUUCGCGAACUCACCUUCCCAGAUACAUCCCUCAACUCAACAUCCGUAGUCUUAACCGAAGGCGACUUCACCACAGUCUUCAAUGACAAGACCCACUACUACGACAUAAUAGUAACAUACUUCUUCAUCGACACAGCCCGCAACUUGAUGAGCUAUCUCGACACUAUCAAAAAGGUUCUGAAACCGGGUGGGCACUGGGUGAAUCUUGGACCGCUGCUUUAUGGGACUGGACCGUUUGUCCAGUUGACGUUGGAGGAGAUUGUGCAGGUUACUGAGGCGAUGGGGUUUGAGUAUCUUGAUACAGAUGAGAGCUGUGGACCGUUGACGUUUGAGGGGAGGACGCUUAGAAGUAUGGAGGCUGUUUAUGGGUUUAACAAUAAGGCUUUGACGAAGAGUGCGUAUAAUGCGCAGUUUUGGGUGGCGAGGAGGUCGAUGAAGCCAUAGAGACUAUUACAGAAAUAGAAUGAUAGAGUUCAGAUUCCCCAAAUGGUAUAACAAGUAGGAUCUAUUUUGGACCAUCGCUCUUCAAAUACGUUGAAGAAAUGUCUGACUUUUCAUGAAAGCCAAG